UCAUCUGUGCAGUGCCGAAGGGAGCAAGUCAGCAAGUAAAAGUAUCAGGUGUAAAAUAUUGAUGGGGCGACAGGUGUGAUCCUAAACGCCCAGCAGGGUCUUUGCCCUUCUGAUCGAUGUAUCGCACAGCGAGGGGCUGCCAGCACCCCCGCCACAGGCUGAACCACGGACCUCAGCACUGAUUCACAGAGCCUCACUCCUCCUGGAGGAGGAGGAGGAGGAGGUGGAGGAGGAGGGGGCAGUGAGAGGGCAGAGGGAGGUCAGGGAGACAAGCCUGUCAUCCAGGAGCUGUGGUUCAUCGUAGUGAUGGCAGGCAUCUCCCUGCUGCUGCUGGCUGUUGUAUUGGGUGUCAUACUUCACAAGGCCCUGAACAAACCCCCCUUCACCCGAGAGAGACCCCCGCUGGUGGCACUGCCCAUGCAGAAGAGGAGCCCCAUGGCUGUUUACCCACCCUCCAACUCUGUUUUGUUUGACACUGUGCCUGACACAACAGGCUUCUCCAACUCCGUAACACUCAAGGGCUUCAGCAUGAAGAUAGAGGAUGUGCUGGAAGCUAAAUGCGAGCCCGCUAAUGAGGUCCCUCCUCAACGUGAGCUCGAGAUCCUCAGUGUGAACUCUCUGAGACGCAGCGUCAGCCAGGUCAUGGACGGAAAGUCCCUGACAGGAGACGAUGAAACGUGGGACCCAAACAUUUCAGGCCAUGACAGUGGGAUGUUCAUGGACGAUGAGGAAUUCGUGGACACCAUCAAAGGUUUCAGCACCGUGAGAAAGGAGCACACCAUGUUCACUGACACCAACCUGUGACCCGAGGAUGACCUUUGAACCUGACAGGACACCGGCCGCACACUCGCAUUAAACCCACCUUGUUUUGUUGUGUCCGACUCUGACCAGUUAAACGUGUCACUGAAGCUGGUUAGGAGUUGUCAAGAGGUAAACGACAGCUGAGGCGACGUUUCUUCUCUCCUGCAAUGAAAAAUGAAUGAAUGGGAACCCGACAUGAUUCAUGACCUGACUGUUGGAAUAACUGUGGCAACUGUGGCAUAAUGUGGCAACUACGAGAAGAAAGAAGCGUAAAAUGUCACGGAGCUGAUAUUUAAACACGACCAGACAAAAACUGAGUGGAAAGAGAAAGCACCUGCUUGUGUCGAGAACUCUUUAAGGAAAUAUACAGAACAGAGAAUUUUGUAAGAUGCAUACUGUGUAAUUUUUUUUUUUUUUAAAUUUACAUUCAAGUUCAUUUGAAUUCAUCUUUUGUGAUUAUUUUCUCAUCUGUGGGGGCUUUUUGAUAAUGGAACAGCAAAAUCUGUUGUGAACUUGCACUGACUGGUGGAUCCAAGGAAACUUGAAUCAGUCUUGUGGAUGCAGCUUGCAAGUGCCAUUUAGUUAUCAAGUAGUUAAUGAGAAGUCAAUACUCACUUGACAUUUGUCCAGAAGCUGAGCAGUAAUGUCAACAAACUACGAUGAGCAAAUGAAGUCUGGUUAGAUGGUGGCAUCAAACACGAAGGAGGAAGAUGUUUGGUUAACAGGGAGCAACUCUUAAACAAAAGCCUGAUUGAUUUUAAAAAUUGGUACUUGAUUGAUUGAU